AUGGAGCAAAAGUUACCAGCGAUCACCAAAAAAGUAUGUAACUUGGUGCGUGCGAUAUUCUUCACGUUGAACAAAGACAUUUCUAGAAGAAAGUUCUUGGUUAAUCUUAACAUGAUGAUGAAGCAGGGCAAGAUGGCCCAGAAAUCGCCUUCCGGCGAAUACGAAAACAAACACCAAAACAACUGCCACCGUCUUUCUAACGCUAACCCGCCACUUGCUAUGGACGAUUGUGAUGAUAUAACAAUAGACCCGACCGUACUUAAAGUUCUUAAUACGAUGAUAAGCCCCCUCGUGUCACCGCCACUGCCAGGAUUCAUGGAGUCUCCGAUAGUUGAGGAUGGUCAGGUGGACGAGGCUGCUGAGAAGUUUAUAAGAAGGUUUUAUUAUGAUUUGAGACAGGAAAAUAUAUGA